GCAGCAGAUUUCUAAGUGGGGAGUCGCAAUGGAUAUUCAUCUGCUACAUUUUAGUAUUGUAUUAUUUAAUCUUUAAAUGUCAUACGUUAGCCUAUUUUCAUAUAAACAUGUAGCAACUGGUUUAUAAUUUUCUAAAUUCUAUUUUGUUCUUGGCAUAUAUUUAAACUUAAGUUAAAGAAAACAAGAUUUUAAAAAUGAUGUCUUCUGUACAAUCAAUAACCUUGCCCCUAGAAUGCAAGCAACCCAAUAUACACAAAUAAUUAACCCAACCUCAAACAAAAAUACAAACGCAGAUAUUCCAAACGUAAAUUUUUCUUGGCUUUUAAUAAUUUAAUACAAUGACGCGACAUGCACGUAAUUGCACUGCGGGUGCGGUUUACACCUACCACGAGAAGAAAAAAGACGCUGCGGCUUCCGGUUACGGUACAAACUCGAAGCGAUUGGGUAAAGAUUCAGUUAAAGAUUUUGAUUGUUGUUCACUGUCUUUACAACCAUGCAGAAACGCAGUUAUCACUAAAGAUGGUUACCUAUUUGAUAAAGAAGUUAUCCUUCAAUACAUAAUCACAAAGAAGAAUGAGUACAGCAGAAAGUUAAAGGAAUAUGAAAGACUCAAAAAGAAAGAGGAUGAUGAAUUGGAGCAGAAGGUUAUGGAAGCCACAGACAAGAAAAUCAACAAUUUUCUGAACUCUGAGAACAACAUUGUGAGUAAACCAAUUGAUGGCUUCAAAAGUGAGGCUUCCACUAGUUCUGCAUCCAUUUCAAAUAUGGAGAAUGGAAGGAACAAGGUUCUGCCUAGUUAUUGGGUACCAGGUCAACUAAAGGAAGCUGAGAAGCCCAAAGUGGAGAAACCAGAUAGUAAAAUCCCUUGUCCCAUUUCAGGCAAGCCAUUGAAAGCUAAAGAUUUAAUACCUGUUAAAUUUACGCCGGUUAAAGAUGCCAGUGAUAAGAAGUCACUGAUUGCGAAAGAAAAUCGCUACAUGUGUGCGAUAACGCAUGAUAUUUUAAGCAAUAGCGUUCCGUGCGCUGUUUUAAAACCAACUGGGGAUGUCGUAACGAUGGAAUGUAUUGAGAAAAUAAUCAAAAAGGAUUGGAUUCAUCCACUAACCGACCAGAAAUUGACGGAAAAAGAUAUUAUAGUGAUGCAAAGAGGUGGCACUGGAUAUUCACAAACAAACGAGAAACUUGAAGGUAAACACGAACGACCCGCUCUACAAGUAUAAAAGAAAACUUUUUCACAUUGAUUUAUGUAGGUUAGGAUUUAUUAAAUUUAAAUUAAAAGAA